AUGGCCACCGAUCGAAACACACGGGGUAAAAAUGCAUUGGAGUUUGGGAAAGCCACUAUGUACGUUAUUUCUGAGCGAGGUCUACAAACGGAAUCUUCUAUGCACAAUAAAGCCGCCGAGAACCGAAUAUUUUUGGACAAGGCUGUUUUCUCUGGGAAGAAGGUGAACUUUUCGCACACCAGAUCAGUCGAUUUUAAUUGGAAAGAAGUUGCUAAGUCUUCCGAGCAAGACAAAAAGCUACGAAUUUUGAAUUUGAAUGAACUUGUCGUCAACGAUAAGAUGAAAACGCUUGUUAGUCCUGAGAAAACUCGAUAUUCUGCAGGUGCUAAAAGCUUUGGGAAGAAUCUAAAUCGACCGAACUUGUGUUGUUAUGCGUCAGAAGUUAAUAUGGCAAAACAGUACAAACACGGAGCUGAAAAUAUAUUCAUCACUCGCCUGAGCAAAAUAUGUGACGAUUCUAUGGAUAAUUUUGAGAAAAGCACUGCGGAAGAAAAACCUGAGCGUCAGAAAAGAAGCAAAGCCCAGGACAGGAAAGAUUAUGAAAUUUUUGAGAAAAGUUGCCUUCUACGCAGCCAUGAUGUGGAUUCACUGAAAAGCGAACAGACAUUUGAAACCUUUGAGGAUACUAAAACUACAGGUACCUCUGAACAGGAAAAUGAUUCUGAAAGCUCUAGCACAUUUUACAAAGAUUGCACUUUCCAAGUUGAAAAGCUCGAAAAACCUGGCAAAUGCUAUUUAAAAAGAAUAUUUUAUUCCAAGGGACACCCUCAUUAUUCCAAACCGAGCAAUAUCAGCUGUUUACCACAAAUAGAGCGGAAGUUGGAAAAAUGUGAACCUGCGAAACAUUCACAUAAAGUUGGCAGGAAUAGCAGCUCGAGCAGAGAAACGAUUGAGGAAAAUAACAUUCACAGGCCAAGAAAUGAUAAACUCCUUCCUUUGAAUAUCAACGUUCUCAAAACCAGCGAGACACAAAAGCAUAAUUUAAAGUCCAUUGUUAAGCUUCCGACAGUUGUAGACAACAGAACUGGACAGGUUCACCUGUCUUUACAAGCAAUUGCUUUCGAGCAGAGCGACUAUAAUAAAUGGUCGCGGAGACGACAGCAAACAAAACUUGAAAACGCGAAAGCGACAUCUUUUUCUUUCCCUUUGAUUGCAAAAAGCAGUCGUUAA